AUGGCUGAGCCCCCGGGCGCCUGCCCGGCUGCCCUGCGCUUCGCUGCUGCUGCCAACUGGCUGGUCGUGCGCCGCCGCUACGUGGACCAUUUCCCACGAGUGUUAGAGUUUCUGCGGUCCCUGCGCGCUGCUGCUCCUGGCUUGGUUCGCUACCGCCACCACGAGCGCCUAUGUAUGGGCCUAAAGGCCAAGGUGGUGGUGGAGCUGAUCCUCCAGGGCCGGCCUUGGGCACAGGUUCUGAAUGUCUUGCAACAACACUUUCCAGAGUCUGGACCUGUAGUGCGGGACCCCAAAGCUACAAAGCAGGAUAUGAAGAAGAUCUCAGAGGCACAGGAAGCCUUUUGCCAGCAAGUGAAAUUGCUGGCAGAGGCCCCUGUGGAUUUGGCUUGGAAGUUGCAGGAACUUGAACAAGAGUAUGGGGAACCCUUUCUGGCAGCUAUAGAAAAGCUAUUUUUUGAAUACUUGUGUCGGCUGGAAAAAGCACUGCCUACCCCACAGUCACAGCAGCUUCAGGAUGUGCUGAGUUGGAUGCAGCCUGGAAUUUCUAUCACUUCUUCUUUUGCUUUGAGACAAUACAGUGCGGACAUGGGGUGGCCACUUCCAGAGUGCUCAGUUACUAAUUCAAUGAACAUGUCAGAGCCCAUGGAGCCCAAUCCUCCUCGGCAACCAAGACCAGCACUCCAUCAGCCUGUGCCAAAAGCCAAGCCUGGCCCACACCUUCCUCAUGGAAAGCACCCAGAACCUUUGGCUGGUCGCCACUUCAAUCUGGCCCCUCUAGGCCAGCGAAGAACGCAGGCCCAGCGGGCAUCCAGUAGGGUAGGCCAUAGGGAGCGCCCCACAGCCAUGCUAUUCCCCUUUAGGAAUCUGGGUUCAUCAACCCAGGCCAUAUCUAAACCUGAGAACAGGAAAGAACAAGGGACACACAUGGCAGUUCCAGCAGGUGAUGCCAGCACGAGAACAGCCUCCACUGGAAAGUCUAAGAGUCCAUCCCAGACCCUGGGCAGAAGGACUGUGAAGGAGAACCCAAUUGACUUGUCUGUCUCGGAGCAAAAGGAGAAUUGCUGGGACUGCCCCAUGGAGCCCCUGAGACUGUCAUUAUCACCUCCUAGGGCCAGGAAGCCAGUGUGUCCUCCACCUCUGUGCAGCCCUGUCAUUACCAUAGGGGACUUUGUUUUGGACUCUGAUGAGGAAGAAAAUGGCCAGAGGGAAGGAAUGGAGUCUCUGGAAAACUAUGAGAAGACAAAGUUCGACACCCUAAUCCCCACUUUCUGUGAAUAUCUCCCCUCUUCUAAUCCCAGUGCUGUCUCUGCCCCUUCCCGUGACCAUACAGACUCCUCUGAUACAACCAGAAUGCCUUCUGCAUCUUGCCUGUUUCCUUCCUCCUCACUCUGCAGGCAGUUUAGUGGGGAUAAAGUGGAAGCCCAGCCUAGGGUUGCUUGA